GACCUAAGCCGCAAGGAAAUAACGCGGCCGGCGUUGACGCGCUGGCCCAAACCCAUGACCAGCGACUGCUCUGGCGUGUGGCGUGUCGGCCCACCGACGUGCCAAAGUGGCUCUGCGUUGUGCAAGCUUGGUUCUGGCUUGGAGAAGAACUGCGCGGCGUCCACGACCGAACGCUUUCCAGUGCUGCCAGAACGGGCGCUCAGCCACUCUAAGGGGCUUUGCUGGUAGUCCCUGAAGGCGCGGAGGGUCGACUCUUCAGCUUGUUUCAUUGGCAGGAUUGAUGUUGCCUCAGUAUCCCCCCUUCUCUGCGCUUGUUUCGCUUGUUGCUGGUUGGGUGCACGAUUCUGUGCGCUCUUUGUCGCACUGCACUUUACUGGCACAAGCAUUACAAGCAGCACUUUUCUAGAGGGGGGGAAAGAAGCACAUCAACCCAUUUGUCGUGGACUGGCUGGGAUUCGAUCUGAGCGCACUCCAGACCAACUGCUUCAAAACCCUGGGCUGUGCGCUUACCGCUCUGGUUUUGGCUGCUGUUGCGUUCAUUGUUGGUUGUGCCCCUUUUUGCUUCCCUUGCUUUCUGAGCCGAUCGCUGAACACGACCGGGCUGCGCCUUUUGCUGGGCGAGCUGGUUGGCAAUUUUUACAACCCCCUCUUCUUUUGCUCUCGUCUCACGGCGAGAGUUUCCCCCCUCUCUCUCUUGUUAACAAUCCUAUUCAAUACAAGGUUUACUCUUUGACUCGACGAGCCCUAUCUUGUUUAAUACAAUCACAAAGCAAAUCGCUCUCUUGGCGAAAUCUGAACGUCCAGUCUCCUUUUUCGAACGCUCGGUCAUUUAUGGCGGCACUGACGUUGCUGCGAUCGCUGCCUCGCGCAGUCGUCACCGUGAGCGCAUCAUCAUCGUCUGGGUUGAUGCGCGGCAGUGUCAUCACGGCUGGUCGUAGCGGUAGUCGUAGCGGCGCAUUGGCUGCCCCUUGUUUGGCACGGCGAUCGGCGCGCUGCUUCUCAACCAUGACGCAGCCGUCGCUCGCCCAGCGCAGCUUCCAGUCAAACUAUGAACAGCAGCAACAGCAGCAACAACAACGCACGCCACCACACAACAGCAAGCUGCGAUUCAGAGUCAAGGAAGUCGCGUUGCACUCGACGUCGUUCAGGCUGUUUGUCGGCGGCGUUGCGGCACUGCUGGCGUACGCUUGGUACCAGGCUGAAGAAGUUCCGUUCACUGGUCGCCGGCGCAUGCUGCUGCUGCCUGCAUGGUUGGAAAAGCUGAUUGGGAAUCAGACAGACCAGGGCCUUGUGGCUGAAACGCGCGAAAUGUGGGUGUCCGAGUCAUCGCCUGCCUAUCAGCUCAUUCGAGAGGUCGGCGAGCGUAUCUGCACGGCCAAUGGCAUUCCGCCGUUGCGGUAUCACUUGGUUCGAAGCAACGAGCCAAACGCCUUUGUGACUCCUGGCGGGACUGUCUUUGUCUACACUGGCAUUCUACCCAUCAUGCAAAACGAGCAUGGUGCAGCUGUUGUUCUGAGCCACGAGAUUGGGCACUACAUUGCUCAUCACAGCUCGGAGCAAGUUUUGUUUAGCGUCAUUUUGGGAGCCUUCCGACUGCUGUGGGACUGGAACUCGGCCCUGCUAUCCAGUGUCUUUAAGGUUGCAGCAGAACUUCCCUUGUCCCGCAGCCGAGAAACGGAAGCCGAUUUGAUUGGACUCAUGUUGAUGGCACGCGCUUGCUUUAACAUUGACGAGGCACAACAGGUCUGGAAGCGAUUCGACGACCUGGCUCACCAGGACAACCCCGUUGAUCGCGCCGAGAAGCUCAAGUCGUGGCUUUCGACCCAUCCAUCCCAUUCCGAGCGCUUGAAGAACUUUGACCCGAAAGGCGAAUGGAUGGCCAAGGCCCGUGUCGAGCAGGACAAGGCGUGCUUGUAUGGCCAGGCACUGGAAGAGCAGCCUUCGUCGCCGUUGAGCCGCAUUCUCCGGCGCCAUCGCGAGCGUCGGUCGAGUUGACGAGCAGCGCGUUUUCUUGGCUUUGUUGAUCUGUAGUUGGUUUUUUUGGCGAGAUUGGCAAAUGAAGAAUCUAGGUCAGAAGUUGAGGUCAGAUUUUUGAAAUCCGGUUGGAUCAGCAAAGCCA